UAGGAUCAUAAUCUAAUUCUUUACAACUGGUAGUAUUCAGACCAGUGUCUUUCUGUGGUACACCAUAGCCAUGGACAAGUUAUGGUUGCUGUUGGUCUUUGUGACAAAUCUGUUGCCUCAUGGCGCCUGUCUGCAGGAAGAUGUUGGCUUCAGUGAGGAACAGCAGCAAGGAUUCAACCUGGAAGUUAUGGCCGCGUCCAUCAGGCAGCUGAAGGAACUAACUGACAAACUGGACAAGAGACUUGACACGGUAGAGAGACUGGAAAAGAGAUUGAAGGAUCAAGAAAAGAACAUUCAAACAUUAACCAAGAAACUGGACAAGAAACUUGAACCAAUUCUCAAAAUGGAAAACAAGUUGAAGCUGCUGGAAAAACUUGAAGAAAGACUUGAGGAGCAUGACAAGAUCCUCCAGGAACAAAGCUUGUCUCUUGAAAUGGACGAUCAAAAACUACAGAGGACAAGAGUACAAGAGACAAUAAACAAGACUACAGAUGGACAACCGAAAUCUUUCUACCUGGAGAAAAGAUCAGACGACAUCGCCAGCUGGGAGCCUGUCGUGGCUGAGAUGACACAACGACUGAACCUGGCGGAGGCCAACAUCCAGGCCUUGAAGAAUGCCGACAUCGCUGAACAGCAGGCGAGAGGUACUGUAUAUGUGCGUUGGGGUAGCAGCGAAUGUCCCAGCUCAGCGGAAACAGUCUAUUCAGGUUUCAUCGGUGGCUCCUGGUAUCAUGACAGCGGAGCAGCCCCGAAUUAUUUGUGUCUGCCACACGACCCGACCUUCGACAGUCACGUUGUUCCUAUAAACGGCCAUGCCAAACUCUUCGGCACUGAGUAUCAAACUUGUGAUGAGCCGGAGUGUGAGCUGCUUCCGUCAUGCGCAGUGUGUCACAUCGCGCGGGAGUCUCACAUGAUGCUCCCAGCCAGAAACACCUGUUACUCAGGGUGGACACUUGAGUACUCGGGGUACCUUAUGGCCAAUGAUGUUGGUUAUGCGGGAAUGGAGUACAUCUGUGUCGACUCCAGUCGAGGUUCCAUUCUCGGCACCAAGGCAGAUGAAAAUGGCGCUUUGCUUUAUUACACAGCAUAUGCGUGUGGGAGUCUGCCCUGUCCACCCUAUGUCAAUGAUAAGACUGUCUUGUGUGCCGUUUGCUCGAAAUAAAUAAGAUAUAAAAUA